UUUAUUCUGCUUUCCCUCCCCUCUUUGAAGAUGGCGGAGGUCGUCGUUGAGGAGGAUGUAACGGCUGUAGUAGUGAAUAGAGAGCCGGGGCAGCCUGGGUCGGGCUGCGGCUCCCUAAGGCGUUGUCGAGGUCGCCCUCGGCUCCCGGACUCGGACCGGGCAAGGCGCAGGCUGGAGUCUCGAAAGAAGUACGACGUGCGACGGGUGUACCUGGGUGAGUCGCACCGGCUGUGGAGCGAACUGCGGCGGCGGACCAGCCUGAGCGACGCCGGGCUGGCCGAGUACCUCGUUGAGCUGCACGCCAGAUACGGCCAGACUUAUCGGGACAAAUACGGGAGCAAGCUUUUGAACCAGGAGUCCUGCCAAGUAAAGCCGAAAAAGGCAAAGAAGCACAACGUGAACUGCCUGCGUAGCUUGGUGAGCUGGUACCAGGAGCACAAGCAGACAUGCAGCGAGGAGCCGCAGCUCAGACUUUUGGAGCCAAUCUUUGGGUUCUCCACCACAGCGGUGUGGCAGUGCGAGAAGGGCCACAGUUACAUGCAGCAUCUGAGAUCUCCUGAAAAAGAUGCCACCGACUCGGAGAAUGAGGCAGACAUGGACGCCAGCUCUGGCGAAAAGGUGCUACAAGCGGAAAAGGGGAGGCCUCUGUGUGCAAAAAAACAAGAAAGUGUAGAGCAUGUCAAGAACUCCAGUCAAGAAUGUGAAACGUUUGAAGAGAUUAGAAAAAUAAUUAUCACAGAAGAGACUGAAGAGCAGCAAGUAACACUUCUUACUGCCCUCAAUGGGCUCCCCAGUAACUGCCCCGUGGACGACCAGCAAGUUAAUGCCCAGAGACACACUGUUUGUGCAGAUCAUUGGCAUACGGAGCUCACCGUCCCUAAGGAGGCCUCAGGAAAAAGCUUUGAAGUCCCACCUCUGAAGCAGGAAAAGACGGGGAGCAGCGGCGACGCGUUGGCUACAGCAGAUUUGGGAUGUGUCGUACUGACUGCCAGCCAGAAUUCGGGGAGUGUGGAUGAGCAGCCAGUGCUAGAAGAGGCGACGCAGGAGUUCUCCUCUCUCGCUCCUCUGACCCCGCCGUCCUCCAUGCAGUUGGCGGACCCUGCGGAGCUCUAUGAGCCGCCGACUCUGAGGACAGUGGUGGCCAGCUGUCAGAUUCCCGAUGGAGAGGCUACAAUCGAUGGCUCUCAGGUCAUCAUCAUCACAGAGUCCAGCUAUGAGGCGUUGACAUCGGAAGGCAUCCAUCUUAAUGUCGAAGAAAACGUUUCAGAAGAAAUGACGUGCACGGUCAUCGAAGGGGUCACAUACAAUCAGGUCUGCGAAAGCGAUGCCGAUCCUUGUGAAAACAUGGACUCCAUUGGAAGCAUAGGGGGAGUUGAAGACAAAUCUCUUCAAGAAAAUGCAAUUUUAACAGAGACCAGCAUUCCAGAGGUUUUGUCACGGACAAAGGCAAAAAUCGGAUCUCAAAGAUCCAAAAAAAGCAAAAGAGGUCCAGUAAUAGAAGCUGACGGAAUGCCAAAAAUGUUUCACUGUCCUUAUGAAGGCUGCAGUCUGGUGUACGUGUCUAUCAGCAGCUUUCAGAACCAUAUAAACCUUGUGCACAGAAAAGGAAGGACAAAGGUGUGUCCACAACCAGGCUGUGGGAAGAAGUUCUACCUGUCAAACCAUCUCCACCGGCACAUGAUCAUUCACUCAGGUGUUCGGGAUUUUAUCUGCGAAACAUGUGGAAAGUCGUUUAAGAGGAAGAACCAUCUGGAGGUCCACCGGCGGACGCAUACAGGAGAGACUCCAUUGCAGUGUGAGAUCUGUGGGUACCAGUGUCGGCAGCGGGCAUCCUUAAACUGGCAUAUGAAGAAGCACACGCCUGAAGUUCAGUAUAACUUUACAUGUGAACACUGCGGCAAGAGGUUUGAGAAGCUGGAGAGCGUCAAGUUCCACAAGCUGAAGAGUCACCCGGAGAAGCAGGUCUUGUGAGCGUUUUCUAAAGGACCGGGCGAGGCCUUGUGGCAGGCGGGAGGUAGCCAGCCCUCAUCUGAAUGGCACUGCCCAGUCUCUGGGCUGACUUGGCCAGCGAGGGUCUGCGGAUGCAGUUGCAGAAGACACUUUUGGGGGGUACUGUGUUGUGUUUUCCUCCCUGCCAUGCCAUACGCACUUUGAACAAUUGUAACUUUUACGUGUGACGGCCUGGUGAUUGUGUUGUGCCACCCUGGUCGGGCGGAUGGAGGUGUGAAGUGCUGAAUCAUGUGCAUCAAGUGAAAGGGUGAAUUGUUUUCUUUCUGUUGAUGUUGGGAUCAAUGACAAGUUGUGAAUUUUCUGCAGGCAGAAUAAAGACAACAGCAAAGGAGAAA